UGUGAGCGCCCGCCGUCCAGCGACUACGUUGAGUGAAUGAUCUGAGCGUAAAACGGUAUCAUCGUCGUCGUAGGCCGUCGUGUGUAAUAAUAAUAAUAAUAAUAAUAAUAAUAAUAAACUAUUACUAUUAUUAUUGUUGUAAAAAAUAAUAAUAUAUUUAUCAUUAUUAAAUACCUACAAGGCUGUAUAUUUCAGUGUAUGACGAUUAUGUCGCGAUCGAACAUGUUUUGUUAGGCGAUUUAGAUAUAUAGAUAUAAUAAUAUUAUAAAUUAUUAUCGUUCGUUCUGAUUUCGCGUUUCGUUGCAAUUGUUUCACCGCUCCGACAGCGCCAUAAUAUUAUUGAAUAAUGCCGUCCGUUCUGCAAACGCUGCGCAUUUGAUAUUCGGCAUAAUAUUAUUAUUAGCAUCGUCGUCGCCUGCGCCGCCACUGAAUACGCGUACAAGACCAUCGAUAGCGUAAAUAAGAUAUAUAAAUACCAUAACAAUAUCGCACUUCCGCACCAAAGCCAUGGCCGAGGUCGUAGUUUUCGAUUUGGAAUUGCAAAACAACGAGGCUCAUCCCGUCAACGGGCCGAAGAACAACAGCGAUUCUGACGACGAAUUACUCGAAAUCGAAGAGGCAUGUUAUGCUCAAGAACCCAACAUUUAUGAUUAUGACGAAAAAUCCAGUGAUGUAGAAACAUUAAAGUUAUCAGAAAGAACUGUAAACCUUACCAAAGAAAAGUUAACUCCAGAUUGUUUCGAGAUAUUGAAAGUAUUAGGAAAAGGAGGUUAUGGAAAAGUGUUUCAGGUUCGCAAGAGGACUGGUAAUGAUACAAAUAAAGUUUUUGCCAUGAAAGUCUUACGUAAGGCCACAAUAGUUAGGAAUUCCAAGGAUAUGGCUCAUACGAAAGCAGAACGUAAUAUACUCGAGGCUGUAAAGCAUCCGUUUAUAGUCAGUUUGUUCUAUGCAUUUCAAACAAAUGGAAAACUUUAUCUUAUUUUGGAAUAUUUAAGUGGUGGCGAACUUUUUAUGCAUUUAGAACGAGAAGGAAUAUUCUUAGAAGACACAGCAUGCUUUUAUUUGGCAGAAAUUAUUAUUGCAAUACAGCAUUUACACAGUCAAGGCAUAGUUUACAGAGAUUUAAAACCAGAAAAUGUAUUAUUAGACCAAGACGGUCAUUUAAAACUGACCGAUUUUGGUUUAUGUAAAGAACAUGUUCAUGGGGUCAGCGUGACUCAUACAUUUUGCGGUACUAUUGAAUACAUGGCACCAGAAAUUUUAACUAGAAGUGGUCAUGGAAAACCAGUUGAUUGGUGGUCACUUGGAGCUCUUAUGUUUGACAUGUUAACAGGAACUCCCCCCUUUAGUGCUGAUAAUAGAAAAAAAACUAUUGAAAAAAUACUUAGAGGGAAACUUAUCAUGCCACCUUAUGUAUCACCUGAAGCUAAAGAUCUUAUGAGAAAAUUACUUAAAAGACAAGUUAGCCAUAGACUGGGAUCUGGUAUAAAUCAAGGAGAAGACAUAAAAAAUCAUCGUUUUUUUCAAAAAAUUGUAUGGAAAGAUAUAAUAAACCGUAGUUGUGAAGCUCCAUAUAAACCAAAAUUAACUGGUGCAGACGACACAACACAAUUUGAUUCCAGAUUUACCAAUCAGCUUCCAGUUGAUUCACCUGUAGAAGAUUCAUUUUUGCCACAUGAUAAUGAUGAAUUUAAAUUUGAUGGUUUUACUUAUAUAGCUCCAUCAUUAUUAGACACUCUUGGCACGAGUACAAGUCGAGAACAUGCAUUAAAUGCACAUCAACAUUACAGAUCAGAAGAAAUGGAAAAACAAAUGGAUGACGAGGAUAUUUUCCAUAAGAAUGUAAUGCCAAAGAAACCAAAACUCGAAAUGAAAAUACAAAAAUCAUCGCCCACACCUGUGAUUCAAGGUGGAAUAUAUAACUCUAGAAGACCUGUUGACCAAUUUCAAAGAGGGCCUCUUCCACAAAAUUGUAAUCCAUCCAGUGAUGAACCAAUUACAUCAACAUGUACUAUGCUAUCUGCUACCCGAAUUGAUGAAGAAAUGGAAACUGAUAAGUCAUCACCAUCACCGUAUCCAAAUGUAGCGAGGUCCAAUCCAGUACCAGUAGAUCAACCCCGAAUUGUGCAAGCUAGCACUACAAAUUACAGGGAAAUAGACCAAUCGAGGUUGUUUGAUGCAUGUGCUCGACCAUUUAACAAUCACUCUGCUAGGAAACCAUAUAGACCUCAUGUGUUGACAACAGUCAACAGUAGUAAUUUCCUUAAUCAGAAUCAAGAUGAGAUGAUGGAAGUUGCUUCCACAUCUAGUAUACCGGCUCAAAUUUAAUUAAUUAGGGUAAUCAAUGUGUUUAGAAGAGACCUGUUUCCAAACCAAUCAUAGUUACCUUAUUGGUUAUAAUGCUAUUUUCUGGUAGAUCUUGGCUACUUUUAACUUGUGGCCUUAAGGAUCAGCUAAUUUUAUAAAGUUUUUUUUUUAAUGGUAAUUUGUUGGCUUGAUUUAAAGUGAUAAUUUUUACAAAUUGUAUAGUAUGUAAGGUUAUUUACAAUAGUUGUUAUAAAUUUUAAAAUUUCCAGAGUUAAAGGAAAUUUUUAACUUUAUAAUUAAGUUGUACUACAAUUUAAAUUGAAUGUUAAUGUUUUUUUCCAAUAAGUUUUUGAAAUUUUUUAAUUUCUAAUAUAUUAUAAUAUGUGUAUUAAGUGUAAAUUAUUAUUAGCCAAGGUUUAUCUGAUCUUGAAUAACAUUCAAUUAAAAAAAUGUGUGGUUGGGGUCACAAUAUUUUGAUAUUUUUUCUGACAGACAAGGAAAUAGUUCUCUUUUUAAAUAUUACUAUGAUAUUAAUGUGACCAUUUUAUUUUCUACCAUAUUAGAAAUAUAUUCUGUUUAUUUGGUUUAAUCAUCUUAUUAUAUUAAGGUUAUUGUUAUUUAGCUAAAUUAUUAAUCGAGUGUUUUAUUUUAGUUAUUAUUUUUAUUUAAGUAGAUGUAUUUGCCUAUUGAAAUGUAAAUAGUGAAAACUAGAUAAUUAUAUGAAAUUAAUCCAUUAUUUAGUAAUAUUUCCUCCAAAAGAAUUUUCAAACCAGAUAGUAGAAUAACAUUUUGAACUCAAGGUUAGGUUAUUUUUCUAUCAUUACCAAGCUCCGUAUUGAUAGAAAAAUAUCUAUACUCUGUUCAGCGAGAGACCACACCGCGCACCAACAAAAACUGGUUCCCCACGCAACACCCUGUCAUUGGGGAACCGGUUUUGAUAGCCUGCUGACGUGGAGGGAUGUGCAGAAUUGGCAUGCUCUCUCACUGAACACAGUAUAUGCAAACCAACCCAUAGUUCUUAAUAUCUUGAAUAGACUUUAAAUAUUUAUCAACAAUCUAUUUUAUUAUUAUAAUUAUGUACUAAUAAUACAUACUUUUAUAGUCAUGCAAUAUUACAUUUAUAUAUAUAUUUUUCUAAUCUCUAAUUAAACACAUUAUGAAUGAAUUACAAACAUGUUUGUACUAAUAUGAAACAUUAGGUUGCUACUUUUAUAAUCUAAAAUAUAUUUUUUUUUCUAUUACGCUAUGUGCAGGCAUUAAUAUUAUUUUAGUGGACUAAACUUAUGUAUAAUUAUUAAUUAGAGUUUUGAAAUUGGAGAUGAGUGUUUUAGAAAAAUUGCAAACAAUUAAUGAAUAUUAUAUUGUAGUAUAAUAUAAUAUAAUUAUAUAUAUAUAUAAUAUUGUAGUUUCAUCUAAUUUAUAACAAGUUUAUAAUCUGUAGGGAAGGGGGAUAAGCUUAAAAGAUAAUCUUGACAACAGUAAUUGAUCUUAUUGUUGUUUUAAAAAUAAUUAUAAAUAUCUCAUAGUUUUAAUACAUUUCAAUUUUGUGAUUUUCCAAACUCCAUAUUUUUUAUUAAUGUUAAUAUUUUUACCAAAUCACACAUUAUAAAAUAUAAAAUAUGUGCUAAUGUGAAAAUGAUGUAUAAACAAUAAUACAGCAUUAAAAACCAUAUACUUAAAAGUUGUUUAAUUUCAGUGUACAGAUAUUUUAAUGAAUUUUGAAACGAAACUACUGUGUUCAUUGUAGAGAAUCAUAUGAGUAUUAUAUUAUACAAUUUCUUUAAAAGGCUGUACUGUAGCCUAUUAUAAUAAUAUGCCAGUAAAAUGGUAUUGAUCCAAUGUAUAAUUAUUGAUAAUAAAUGAUUGUUUUUAUUACAAAAGUUAUUUCUAUAAAUUAGACAUGGUUUUUUUUACCAUCAUAUUAUUAUUGUUUCUUAUUAUUUUGAGAAAAACAAAUGUCAAUGAUAUAAAAUGUAACCAUUAUUAUGUAAAUUGUAACAGAAUUAUAAUUAUAUUAAUCAGUAUGUGUUACUGGUUCCUUUUUACUUGC